AUGUAUGUUUUGCAGGUUCAAGAAAACUCCCCAGCUCAACAAGGAGGACUGGAACCUUUCUUUGAUUUCAUCAUUGCCAUAGGACACACGAGACUUAAUAAAGAAAACAGUAUGUUGAAAGAUCUGCUGAAGGCAAAUGCUGAAAAAGCAGUGAAGCUGGAGGUGUAUAACAUCAAAACAAUGAAAAUAAGAGAGGUGGAGGUGAUCCCCAGUAACAUGUGGGGAGGACAAGGUCUUCUCGGAGCCAGUGUGAGGUUCUGCAGUUUCCAGGGAGCCAGUGAACACGUGUGGCAUGUUUUGGAUGUUGAACCUGCAUCUCCUGCAGCUCUAGCUGGUCUCCAGCCAUACAUGGACUACAUUGUUGGAUCUGAUCAGAUUCUUCAGGAGUCAGAGGAUUUCUUUUCACUGAUUGAAUCCCAUGAGGGGAAGCCGCUGAAGCUGAUGGUUUAUAACACUGAAGCAGAUUCCAUCCGAGAGGUAGUUGUGACUCCCAAUGGAGCUUGGGGUGGAGAAGGAAGUUUAGGAUGUGGUAUUGGAUAUGGCUAUUUGCACAGAAUUCCAACGCAGUCUAUAGCAUCGAAGAAAAAGCCACAAAGCAAACCACCUUCGCCCUUACCAGAGGCUGGAACUCCUGUAUCGUCUACUAAUGGUUACACAGAGACUCCAUUACUGGCACCUGCUUCUCAGAGCGACAGCUCCGAGAUAGUGAUGAGCUUGGAUCAUUCCACAGACCAAGAAAUGAGUGGCUAUUCACCAGAAAGCUCGCUUUCUCCUCCUCCCCCCCUCCAGAGAGUUAUGGAUCCAGGAUUUCUAGAUAUGUCUGGUAUUGCAUUUCCUGAUCUCACUACCUUAACAAAAGAGUCCAACGUGUCUUCAUCUGCCUCCUUCAACAUGCCAGCAGUGGAUGCCUUAGUAGGCACUGAAAAGUUAACGUCGAACAAUGACGCUUCUGCUUAUUUUGAGAAUGCUACAGCUUUGGACCCUGCAGGUGUCGCCAUGUCUUCUGAAGGCUCAGUCAAGCAGCCCGAGUUGGACGACCUGCUGCCUUCAAUUCCAUCUUUACCUUCUUUUGCUCUUCCUAAUGAGAUUUCUUCAAAAACAACACUAGGAACUGAUCCCAAUAACCAAGGAACAAAGCUGACCUUAAACAGUAAUGAGAGCUCGUUAACCACUACUCCGGUGAAACCAGACGAUGAAGCAGCGUGUGAACAGAAAGAGGAAGAAGCUGCACAAGAUCAUGAGUGAAAUGGAUGCUGCUUUGGUUUACAGACUGCCACAUGCUGUAAUGCUACAGCUUGGAGUAUUUUGCUGAUCUUGAAAGAAUUACGGUUAUUCUAUUUUGUUAGUGUAGACAAUAUUAUAAAAGAAAUUGUAUGAAUUAGAUAUCCUAUUGUCUUUUCCAAUCAUUGUUUAAUGGAUUGAUCUGUGUUCUAACUUCAAAUGCUGCCCAAAAAUCACCAAAUUAAUGGAGAAAUUAAUGCAGAAAAAAGUUGGAGACUGG